UUAUAUUUUUAUUUUUUUGGUCCUCUCAGAGCCAGAUAUUAAUUUUUUAAAAGUCACCUUAACAGUAGGAUAAUUUACACUGUACACAAAACUGACUGCCUUGACUAUUAUGAAGCGUUUGAGAAGAAUUACUUCAGUUAAAUCUUACCACAAACUUAAGUAGGUGCAACCUUUCCCUUCGCAAAUGCAGAAAUGGCCAUAUUAUUGUAGAUAAAAUAGUGUGUUUUUUGCACAAGAGUAAAAUUUUGUCACACUUUUACAAAUGUCUGUUCAGCAACGACGCAGUGUAAAUUCACACAAUUUUAUCUACAUACAGCCUGCUAAAUUCAACAACUUGCUCGAAUUAUUCCAUUUGAAAUGAAAAGAAUAAUGGGUUUAAUCUUGAAAGACAGGAAAUAUAAUAGUUUAUAUUUUCGUGUUACUGCAGAAAGCAUGCCUUAGUUGGUUUUGGUUUUUUUGUUUUUAUAUUUAAUUAAUUUAUUUAUUUUUCUAUAAGAUUAGAUGCAAAACCUCUGAAAUGAAUAGCAAAGAUCAAACAAGCAACAAGCCCCAACAGCUUCCUUUCGUUCAAGUCGCCAAGUUCAGAGCCUUGGGGGCCUUGAGAAGAGCGCCACUCUGCAGGACAUGCACCCCACUCCGGCAGUGGGCGGAGCCGGAAAACCGAAAGCGAAAGCCCUGGGCGCGGCGGAGCGCGGCGGAGCUCGGCGGGCGAUGGAGCCGCCGUGGCCCUGGCUCUGGUUGCUGUGCUGCUGCGAACUCUGCCUUGGGGAUGCGCGCCCCAGCGCCACUGUAGCCCGGACCUGGCCGCGGAGCCGCGAGCGAGAGGCGGCAGCCUUCCGGGAAAGUCUUAACAGACAUCGAUACUUGAAUUCUUUCCCCCAUGAAAACUCCAGUGCCAUCUAUGGAAUAAAUCAGUUUUCUUAUCUGUUUCCUGAAGAUUUUAAAGUCAUUUAUUUAAGCAGCAGACCCGCCUGGUCUCCCAGAUACCCAGCAGAAAGACAGAUGCCCAUCCCCAAUAUGUCUUUUCCAUUGAGAUUUGACUGGAGGGACAAACAUGUUGUAACCCAAGUGAGAAGCCAGCAGAUGUGUGGAGGGUGCUGGGCCUUCAGCGUGGUGGGUGCAGUGGAGUCGGUGUGUGCAAUCCAAGGGAAGCCGUUGGAGGACCUCAGUGUGCAGCAAGUCAUCGACUGUUCCUUUAACAACUAUGGCUGCCGGGGUGGCUCUCCUCUCAGUGCUUUGAGCUGGCUAAACAAGACACAAGUCAAACUGGUGGCAGAUUCAGAAUACCCAUUUAAGGCAGAAAAUGGCCUAUGUCACUACUUUCCAGGUUCACAUUCUGGAGUUUCAAUCAAGGAUUUUUCUGCAUAUGACUUCAGUGAACAAGAAGAUGAAAUGGCAAAAGCACUUCUCACCUUUGGCCCUUUGGUUGUGAUUGUGGAUGCAGUGAGCUGGCAGGAUUACUUGGGGGGCAUCAUCCAGCAUCACUGUUCUAGCGGAGAGGCAAACCAUGCAGUUCUCAUCACAGGCUUUGAUAGAACAGGAAAUAUUCCAUAUUGGAUAGUACGGAACUCAUGGGGAGACUCCUGGGGAAUAGAAGGCUAUGCCCAUGUGAAAAUGGGAGGGAAUGUUUGUGGCAUUGCAGAUUCUGUCUCUGCUGUAUUUGUGUGAUUAUGUGAUGUUUUGGGGUCAUCAAGGUACAGCUAAAAAAAUGAAGAUUUUCACAAUAUCAUCUAACAUUGUAUUUCAUUCUAGGCAUUUUUGAAAGUCAACCUUCAAAAAAUACCUGUAAGAUGUUCUAAGGACAAUCUAGCAUUAUUUAAAGCAAGUUAGGAUCCCCUUCUCAUAGAGAGAUGGACAACAGAAGUCCAUAGGAUGAGCCCACAGCCAGCUGGCCUGCAAGGAAUUCUGUGGAACAGUUUGGAACUUCCAGAGUGCAUUCAAAUCAGGAAGAACUUAGCAC